CUGACUUAUUUCCAUCCCGGCACCUAUACUGUGCUUAUUAUUGGUAUUUAGUUCUCCCCCAAGAAUAGUGACCCCUGGUACCCGCCCUCUCCCCAGCGCACCGCGUGAUGUAUCAAAGCCCAGCAAGCAGGCUGUCUUCGGCGCUAAGAGACGUGCUAGCUCCGUGCGCUUCUUCUCUGCGCCAGCACUCGCCUGUCAGGAGGAGAGCCCUUCCGACCCCAGGGCAGGGGUCCCUGUUUGGGCUCAGCUGCUGCCACAGUCUUGCCGGCUGGAUCGGAGAAGCACCAGGAGUGGGACAUAGCAGCUCCGCAGCAGCAGCAGCAGCACAAGCGAGUGCGACAACGGGGACAGUGGCUCGAUCGGCCUCUAGGACUGUGUGUUCCAUGGGAAACAGUACCAGCAGGCUGUAUAGCGCUCUGGCCAAGACACUUAGCAGUAGUGCUGCUGUGUCCCAGCACCAGGAGUUAUUGGAAACCCCUGACCAUGACCAAUCAGAAUCUCUUGAUCCCAAGGACCUUCUGGAAGAGUGCCAAGUGGCCCUGCAAGAUCGGCCAGCCCGGCUCCACCGAGACCUUGUCAGCCUAAGGAAUGACUCAGGCAGCCAGCCACGUUCAUUUAGAGUGAUGCAGUGGAACAUUCUGGCACAAGCUCUUGGUGAAGGCAAAGACAACUUUAUAAUGUGCCCUAUGGAGGCCUUAAAGUGGGAGGAAAGGAAAUACUUGAUCCUUGAGGAAAUCUUGAUGUACCAACCUGAUGUAUUGUGCCUGCAGGAAGUAGAUCACUAUUUUGACACCUUCCAGCCUAUACUGAGCAGAUUGGGCUACCAGUGCACUUUCUUAGCCAAACCAUGGUCUCCCUGCCUUGAUGUGGAACACAACAAUGGACCCGAUGGCUGUGCCUUGUUCUUCCUGCAGGAUAGAUUUCGGCUGGUUAACAGUGCCAAAAUCAGACUGUCGGCCAGAACCUUAAAAACCAACCAAGUGGCCAUUGCAGAGACCUUGCAGUGUUGUGAAACUGGGAGGUUACUGUGCUUUGCUGUGACCCAUUUAAAGGCACGGACAGGAUGGGAGAGGUUUAGGCUGGCACAAGGUUCUGACCUUCUACACAACCUCGAAUCGAUUACUGAGGGUGCCACAGUUCCAUUAAUUAUUUGUGGAGACUUCAACGCAGAGCCUACGGAGGAAGUAUACAAAAGAUUUGCCUCCUCCAGCUUGAACCUAAACAGUGCUUACAAGUUACUGAGUGAAGAUGGAGAAUCUGAACCGCCCUACACUACAUGGAAGAUUCGCCCCACAGGAGAGUCAUGCCACACUCUGGAUUACAUCUGGUACUCCCAGCAUGCAUUGAGGGUAAACUCUGCUUUAGGUCUGCCAACGGAAGAGCAGAUUGGGCCCAAUAGGCUCCCUUCUUUUAAUUAUCCCUCAGAUCACCUGUCGUUAGUGUGUGACUUUAGUUUUAACGAAGAUCCAGCCAGAUUGUUAUAAGGGCUUUAACUAUUCCCAUGUUCUACUGUGAUUUGUGAUGUGAGCUGAAGUGUAAGGACUGCUAAAGUGGUUGUGUUAACUAUACCGUGCUAUAUACUUGAGAUUGACUUGGUGGACCUCUUCUAUUUAUUUAAUAAUUAUAUAUACGUUAAUUUAUUGAAGACUUUAGUAAGCUGCUAGGACCUAACUUAACAAUAAGGACAUUUGCAUUGUUUUUGCCAAAUAUCUUACUGUAAAGGGUAAAUUACCUAGUAUUCUCCAGCUGAACCUUUGUAUUUAAUCUUUUCCUUUAUCCCCUGAGAUUGUACAUGUUCAAACCAAAUGCCUUUCUUUGCACAAUGAUGCACAUGUGUGUUUGUAGACACAUUUCAUAGUAUUUAUUUUUGUACAUGGAACAUUUUAAGUUGCUUUACGAGUAUUCUAUAUCUAUAAUUCUAUAUAUGUAUCCGUUGUGAUAUUGUAUAAGCCAAAAGAGCCAUACU